CCGGGAGUGACGUGGAACGGAAUUUGCUGCCUCUACUUUUAAUGAUCUCUGCCAAACGUGUACGAUCGCCUAAGACGUCAAGAAAGAUCAAUAUUCUCGGACUCUGCAUAUUGUCUUCAGUAUCGGCGAAAAGACGUACGAUUGCAUGGAGAUUUGUCUUCUUUUGGAUUGCGACUUUCUGCAGGAUCUUAGAUAUGUUGACGUCACAGUCACUAACGGCCGAGGCUCUUGACGAGCCCUUGGUCUGCCUGCUGAAGAGCUUCGGUUGACUUAAACUUCCCCUGGCCCACUGCGGCCCAAGGAGCGAUGGCCAUCUGCUGGUCGCGACGCAUCUGACUAAUAUCGCCCUCUAAGUCAAGAAAACCAGCAUUCCACUUGCCCUGGUAGACUGAGAACGGGCACAUACCGUUUGCCCGAGCGUAUUCGUUUGCUUUGACAACAAUCCAGGCAGGGGUGUCGAAGACGCCAGGUAGAGGACUUUUCCAGCAGUAAUCAAAGAAUUGAGGCCUUGCAUGACCUCCUCAACAGACAUCGUAAAGUCCCACCAGUGGACGUAUGCAUAAUCGAGCCA